CUUUUCCAGAUGAAUCUGGACGACAGGGCCUGCCUGGGGUGAACAUUUAUUCGUGGAGCUAGCUCAUUAGUGUAGUUGUACAUAAAGUGAAGUGAAAAGGCCAACCCGCCUGUGGAGCUUGGUGUUUUCUCCUGGAAGUUACGAAUCUGAACAAUGUCGUGCUUUAACAGCGAGGAUGAGGUUAUAAAAGAGCAGACUAGGCAAAACAAGAUCAUCGAUCAGCAAUUGAAGAAAGAAAAAGAUGUCUAUGGCAAUACACACAGACUCUUACUGUUAGGGGCUGGUGAAUCUGGGAAGAGCACUGUGGUCAAACAAAUGAAGAUCUUGCACAAAGAUGGGUUCUCAAAAGAGGAGAGAUUGGCUAAGGUGACAGAAAUCAAGUCAAAUGUCAGAGAUGUCUUGUUGACUGUGCUGACGGAGAUGAGCAACAUGAGCCCUCCUGAGGAACUAGCUGACAAAGAACUGGAGCCAGUCAUGACCAGGCUGCUGGAGGAAUUACCAAAAUCAACAUUCGUAGCAGACGAUGACUUCUUUGAUGCUGUGGAGAAGAUGUGGGAUGAUGAAGGAGUUAAAAAUACUUUCCAACGGUCCAAUGAGUACCAGCUUAUUGACUGUGCACCUUACUUCAUGGAAAAAGAGAAACUUCGGGAAAUCAGAACACCUGACUACUUACCGUGUGACCAGGAUAUCUUACGGUGUCGAGUACUAACUUCAGGUAUCUUUGAGACGAAAUUCGUAGUUGACAAAGUAAACUUUCACAUGUUUGACGUUGGUGGACAAAGAAUCGAAAGAAGAAAAUGGAUACAGUGUUUUAAUGAUGUAACAGCUAUAAUAUUCGUGGUUGCCUGCAGCAGUUUUAAUAUGGUCAUCAGAGAAGACGGGAAAACAAAUCGGUUGCGAGAAUCAUUGGAUCUAUUUGACAGCAUCUGGAACAAUCGGUGGCUGAGAACAGUCUCCAUUAUUUUGUUCUUGAACAAGCAAGACAUCCUUAGAAAAAAAGUGGAUGAGGGCAAGAAAGUUGAAGACUACUUCCCUGAGUUCUCAUCCUACAGACCACCUACUGGUGAUCCACAGUACAAGAGAGAAGAUGCCCGCGAAAGUGAGGUCUUCUACAGAGCAAAAUACUUCUUCAGAGAUCAGUUUUUACGACUAAGCCAGAAGUCACACGAUGGGCGACACUACUGCUACCCCCAUUUCACAACAGCAGUUGACACUGAAAACAUCCGGAGAGUGUUUGAUUCUUGUCGGGACAUCAUACAAAGAAUGCACCUACAAAAGUAUGAACUGCUAUAACUAGUACUAGUGGGUGUGUUUUAGAGUUUUGUUUUUGUUGCUGUGAGUGAUGCAAUGUACAGUAAAUUUUAUUGUCUAUUCUGCACUAGUCUCCUCUCAUUCUCUGUGUUAGUGAUCGAUUUACAAACUGUGUAGUGCGUUUUAAAACUAGUCAUCCUAAUUUAAUUUAUUGUACAGCUAAAGAUAUAACGUAAGGGACUCGAGCCCCCUGUUUGUAACAUCAUUUUAUUCAGAUUCUAAAAAAGUUGUUAAAAAAUACGUUCACAAUAAAUUGUGCAUACAAUUAAGAUAUAUGCAGUAAACUAUUGCCACGGUGUAGCUCAUAGAAUAUACUAUCAGCAGAUCCCGAUUCAUCUUUUAAGGUUAAAGAACACAUUUGGGAAUAAUUGGGUAUUGGAACGGGAAACUAGAGCCAAUAAUUAUAUUUUAGUGGGCACGCUGGCCACUUUGACCAUACAGAUAUGCACUGUCCUGCUUUUUGCGAACACUCCAUAUGUCACGUAGCUUUGAAAAGUUAUACUAAUACCACAUUCACCCAGGUGCCACAUAUUCACUUGGAUAUAAUUAUGGCACCUAGGUGAUCUUGACAAUCCUUUGUUUCUUUCUUGAAGUUCUACCGUUACUACAUGUAGCUGGUACUGUCAUGAAAUACAGUAAGUUCAUCAUUUAAUAUACAAAAGUUUCAUAAUUAUGGCUACCACAAAAGCACAACACAAUACAAAGUUUCGAUUAAUGGCUACCACAAAAGCAACAAUUAGUAAUAUUACAUGUCGAGUUCAGUUACAUAGACAUUUAGAACUGCUCAUACUUUACAUCAGGGUGAGGUUGCUGGGGGUCGUAGCUCACAUCAAUCACCCUGUAUAUACUGUCACAGCACUUCCUCUGGGAGCACCUACCGCCAUUUGCGAGGUUACAGUAGUACACUGUCACCCCAUACUGCUUGCAGUACUGAGGAUACUGAUGGGCUACUUGGAAAGGGCCAAUUGUCUUCUGGUAUCCAUGAUCACUUGAACCGUCUCCCCAGUUGACAUACCAU